AUGCCUCGCCCUUUGCGUACCAGAAAGCAGGCACCGGCCGCGGUUGCAAGUGCGGAGCUGGUAGACGCCGACACGUCCACAACGGUCAAGGUUACAAAGAAAAACAAACCCGCUGCAGCUGCGCCAGCUAGAGCGAACUCCGAUACCGAGUACGACGACAGCACCCUCUCCACACCAAAGGCCAAGAAGCCCACCCGGACUCGUGCCGCGGUCCCGGCCUCAUCUGAUACAUCAGCAGUAGUUGAGAGCAGAUCCCGGACGCGGUCGACAAAGGCCUCCUCCUCCACCGUAGCCCCACCCGUAAAGAAAGCGCCCUCCGCAAGAACGCGUUCGUCGGCCGCGCCCAGCAGCCAAACCACCCGCGCAACGCGUCGCACAAUCCAAGUUCCGGCGACACAAUCUUCGAUCCUCGAGGUCGACGAACAGGAUAUUCGCGACCAAACCCCUUCGACCAUCAUCCCGUCGACCCCUGCGCGACGCUUCGCCCAUGGACUCGAACAGGACGAACCCGAACAAUCGCCCUCGCAAUCGUCAAACGCGGAGAAUCGUUCGCCCCGGACUCUCCUGGCCCUAACUUCCUCUCCUCCGAUCGCACAGUCCACGCCGAAGGGGAAUGGGCGCGCGCUACUGCUGGACUUUUCGUCGGACGCGGGAUAUACCCCACCACCUCCGUCCACAAAGCAGCGGCCAGUGGGGUCGGUAGAGAGGCCUCGGUUGCGCGACCUCGAUGCAAAGACUCUCGAGCCUGUUGGAAUCCUGGAUGGCUGGGACGACAACGACGAGGAGGAUGACGACGACACCCUGCGACUUCCCCCACCGUCGCAAAGCAAGCACGCAGGACGACCCUCGGAUUUCCUCAUCGCCGAAGAGGAAGAUGAAAACGACGACAUCAUCGGCGUGUCACCGCGGGCGGAGCUGCAGCGGCCAGAAGGCGGCAUAGGAUUCUUUGUGGACGAUGACUCGCAGGAAUUCAUGAUCUAUUCGGACCCAAAGUCGAAAUCGGCAACUCCAUUAGUGGAGCCCGCGAAGAACGGAGCCGCCUUUGAUGACGACGACAUCAUGCGGCCCCCUGAGUCCACGGAUUCUUCCUCGCCUGCGAGGAAGCGCCGUAGUUCGGAAGCAGGAAUUGAUGACGGAGGGGAGGCCACCGAGGUCGAGCUCACACCGCGAGGCAAGCGUCCGCGCGCCACUGCCCCCGGCGCAAAGAAACCCAAUUCAAAAGCGAACACCCAGAAGGAAAAGGAGCAAGUAAAAACCAACGACCUGCGCAGCCUGCUUCCUCGACGAAAGCGGACGACCAAGACCAAGACCAAGACCAAGAAGGGAAAGCAAGACGUAUACGACGAGCUCACCUCCGAAGACGAUGGAGCGGACGACAACGUCGAGGUGGACAUUCUCACGCGACGGUCAGGCCGCACCCGCAAGGCAGCAGCAGCCACAGCCAAGAAAACCACUCCCAAGAAGUCCGCCGCAAAGGUUACAAAACCCACCGCGCCCCUCACCGCCUCCAAGAAGCCGUCGAGAACGUAUGCACGAAAGUCGCUCGACAACAGCGCCAACGACCCGAUCAGCGACCCGGCCACCAACGAAGACGACGAAGAGCCGAGUACUGACUCGACCGAGUCCGGCGACGGAAUCAUCAAGGGCGAGGUCAAGAAACAGCUCAACGAGAUCAAGAAGAAGUUUGAGGAGGUGGAUAAGUGGAAUCUGGAGUUUGAGGAGGUCAGCGUUAAGAGUAGUGAUAGUGGGAAGCGUUGA